GUCACCACCACCCAUUUGUUUUCGGAUAAACCUUGACAAUAUUCCAAACAUACAAGUAUGUUGCAUUAUCUUGCAUUGUAUGGUAAGCACUAAACUUAGAGUGCUUACCAAGAAGAAAGCAUGAACACCUUGGUUACCUUUCAUCAACAACCCGUCUGCAUUACAAAACCAUCUUUAUGGGAUCAAAAAAGCCAACCAUUCUACUCUACAACAAUAAAUAACCAUCAUUCACAUUCCACAAGCUCUUGGAAGUUGCAUGCUCAAUCCAAAGGAUUUGGGGGUGCAAAUGACUCGAUACAGAAGAAGGCAAAUGCACCAAAAAAAGGCUUGAGUCAAGAAGACAAAGAAGAAGAAGAUGACGAUGAUAAAAUCCCAUCGGUUGUUUUCGAUAGGAUGGUAAGAAGGAUCUUGACCUCAGUGGGCGCGCCCAUGGUAAUGGGGGUGCUGUUGCUAAAACUCUUUGACAUAUUGAAAGAAAAACAGUUGUGGGAUGUGCCUAUUUGGGUAUCAUUUUUAACAACAUUUGUGUUCUUUGGAAGCUCAGUUCUUGGUGUUCCAUAUGGAUCUUUAUCAACUAGUUGGGAUGCUGAGAAGAAAGGCUCCCUGCUUGGUUUUGAAGAAGCCAAACAGAAUUGGGAUGAGAUGUGGAAAGAGGAAGAGAAUAAGAGUUGAUGAUGAUAAUAUGUUAGGAAGUUCUUAUGUUAUUUUUUUAAUUUACCACGAAGUAUAUGAUAGUAUUUCGAAAUAAGAGGGUGUUCAAAAUCCAUCCUACUGGUUUACGUAAA